CGCGCGGUGCCGUCGCCUCAGCUUGUGGCAGCGGCUGUGCCCGGGGCCGGGCUCCGUGCGAUGGAGGCGUAGGGAGGAAGGCCGAGAGGCGCCCGAGACUUCUCCCGGGACGGACGGCCGAGCGGCCCGGGCCCAGGCCGACUCCGAGGACCAGUCGACCAAGUACCAUUCGUGGUGUGUUUCUCUGCCCCAUCCCCGUCUGCGACUUAGCCACCUUCCAAGCUCCGCCGUGGAUGAACAUCCUAAUACUUGGAGACUCUUCUGGCAGCAAGUAAUCCUUUACAAAGAGGUUUCCCACAUAACGGCCAAGGGAAUUUGGUUGGCUGGUGCGCGGCAAAGCAGUAAGCUGGUUUGUAAAUAUUUGAAUCACAUUAUGGGAUUGCUAGACAGACUUUCAGGCUUGCUUGGCCUGAAGAAGAAGGAGGUUCAUGUUUUGUGCCUUGGGCUGGAUAAUAGCGGGAAAACGACAAUCAUUAACAAACUUAAACCUUCAAAUGCUCAAUCACAAGAUAUAGUUCCAACCAUAGGAUUCAGCAUUGAGAAAUUCAAAUCCUCCAGUUUGUCUUUUACAGUGUUUGACAUGUCAGGUCAAGGAAGAUACAGAAAUCUCUGGGAACACUAUUAUAAAGAAGGACAAGCCAUUAUUUUUGUCAUUGAUAGUAGUGAUAGAUUAAGAAUGGUUGUGGCCAAAGAAGAACUUGAUACUCUGCUGAAUCAUCCAGAUAUUAAGCACCGUCGAAUACCAAUCUUAUUCUUUGCAAAUAAAAUGGAUCUUAGAGAUGCAGUGACAUCUGUAAGAGUGUCUCAGCUGCUGUGUUUAGAGAACAUCAAAGAUAAACCAUGGCAUAUUUGUGCUAGUGAUGCCAUAAAAGGAGAAGGAUUGCAAGAAGGUGUAGACUGGCUUCAAGAUCAGAUCCAGGCUGUGAAGACAUGAAAAGAUAGUAUUUGGAAACUUCAACAAUUUUCAAUUCAAGGAAUGUAUCUUAGGGCAAACUGAAUACUUCAAAUUUUUUAAAAGAUGUUUGUGCAUCUAAGAAUACUUAAUAAUCUUCUGCUUGCAUUUAUGGACUCUGAAUGAGCUUUUUAAGAACAUAGGACUUCAGGUAUGCUAAUGUGACCAUUAAUUAUAUUAGAACUAAAUAUUUCCUCAGAAGGGCUCCUUCCCCAGAAUUAUCAACUUCUCGGUAGAAGUCUACAUUUGAUUGUAAUUAGAAUAUUUAAAGUCAGAGUUAUAAGCCAUCUCAAUAUCGCAUCAUGAUUUCUAAUACCUUUUACUGUAUUUUAUUUUUUAAAUUAUCUUCUAAAAUUUAGUUAAUGGUAUGACUUUGCAGUAUGAUUGUGCUUGGAAAAAGAACUUUAAAUAUUUAUAAGGGACCAUGGAUAAUAUAUAUACAUAAAAUUUUUACUAUGUGUGAUUAUCAAUAAAACAUGCAGUGUACCAACUAGUGUACUUUGUUUACACUGAAAAGAAUAAUGCUAUGUCAACGUAAUAUUUAGUGUUUUACAGUCAAGCAUUUGUAAAUUAUCUGAGACCAAGUUAAGCUGAAUUUAUUUAUCCAGUGAAUGUGUAUUAAAACUCUCUGUACCUGUACUACUCUGGCAUUGUCCUAGUCAAUGGUGAUACAAGGUAAAUAAGAUCUAUUCUUUAUCCUUAGAGAACUUAAAAUGUAAUGAGGGUUAAUUUGAGAACCUUUUCAUACAUAGCAUCUAAUUUUAUUUCAUUGGCUAAAUGAUUAUCUUGCAUUUUAAAAUUAAGAGGUAUAAAAAUGAAUUAAUGUGAUUCUUCAAUAAUUAUUUUAACUGACUUCUUGUUUCUUUCUUUAAAAUGUCUCCAAUUACUAUAGCACUUUGUUAAAAUAGAUUGUGACUCACCAAAAUAUGUUUUCCCUGAGCAUAAAUUGCUACAAAAAUGUCCUUUAGAAUUUUAGACACAUCUCAGGCAUCUACUCUGUGCAAAUUGUAUUAGUUCUCAAUCCCUGGGUGGCGCAGCGGUUUAGCGCCUGCCUUUGGCCCAGGGCGCGAUACUGGAGACCCGGAUCGAAUCCCACGUCGGGCUCCCGGUGCAUGGAGCCUGCUUCUCCCUCUGCCUGUGUCUCUGCCUCUCUCUCUCUCUCUCUCUCUCUCUCUCUCUCUCUCUGACUAUCAUAAAUAAAUAAAAAUUAAAAAAAAACUUAAUUAGAGGCCACUUUUAAUUGUGAACUCUGAAUAGAAGAUUUCAUUUUAAAUUAACCACUAGAAAAGAGUAUACAGAGCAAUGGUGUCAAUCCUGAAAAACAUUGCAUAUAAAGAACAACUGUAAUGUACAAUAUAUAACGUUUUAAAUGUCCUUAGCUGUGAAAAUGAUAAAAACAGGAAGCAAAGGACACCUGGGUGACUCAGUCGGUUGAGCAUAUGCCUUUGGCUUGGGUCAUAGUCCUGGGAUCCUGGGAUGGAGGCCUGCAUCAGGCUCCCUGCUUCUCCCUCUCCUCCCUACUCAUGCUCUCUCACUAUGUCUCUCUCUCAAAUAAAUAAACUAUUUUAAAAAAUUUUAAAAACAGGAGGCAAAAGAUAAGUGAGUAAUAGGGGUGUGUUAUGGUAACUGUGGUACUGGUACAUGUCCUAGAGAUUUGAAUAAAAUCAUUUUAAAACUACAGUAAAAUUCUAUAAAUCAGUUUCUCUCAGUCCAGGAAUCCCAAUGGUUUAGAAUUGGGGAAUUAAAAGUUAUCCAGAAUAUCUUAAUAGUCCAACAUUUUAUUUUAGCUAGCUUGCAAGCCUCUCAUAAAUUGUUUCGAUGAGGGGUCCACCUGGGUGGCUCAGUUGUUGAGCAUCUGCCUUUGGCUCAGGUCAUGAUCCCGGGGUCCUGGGAUCGAGUCCCACAUCGGGCUCCUUACAUGGAGCCUGCUUCUCCCUCUGCCUAUGUCUCUGCCUCUCUGUGUGUCUCUCAUGAAUGAAUAACUUAGAUAGAAAAAAAUUGUUUUGGUGAGGAUACAAAGUGAGAUUCUUAUUAGGGUUGCCUCGAAUAUAAAAAGGACAUAAAAACACUGAAUGUAGUUUAACAAAAUACUUAUAUGCUGUAGUUUAGGAAGAUAGGAUAGUUUAGGAGGAUGGAGAAAGGGUAUAUUAGAAUUCAAAUCUGCAUCUACCAUCAUCAUCAUCAUAAUAGCUGUCCCUAUAUGAACACUGUAUUUUGAGCUAGAUAUUUUUACACGUACUAGAUUUUGCAUUAUUCAAUUCUCACAUUAACCUUGUGUGAUAAAGGUAGGUUUUAUUAUUUGUUUUAUAGACAAGGAAACAGAGACCUAAAAAAGUCAUUUGCAGAAUGUCACUGCUAAAUGCUGGUGCUGGGGGAUCCCUGGGUGGCGCAGCGGUUUGGCGCCUGCCUUUGGCCCAGGGCGCGAUCCUGGAGACCCGGGAUCGAAUCCUACGUCGGGCUCCCGGUGCAUGGAGCCUGCUUCUCCCUCUGCCUGUGUCUCUGCCUCUCUCUCUGUGUGUGUGUGACUAUCAUAAAUAAAUAAUUUAAAAAAAAUUAAAAAAAAAUGCUGGUGCUGGGAUUUAGAACCAAACCAUCUGUUUAGGAUAGAUGGAUUCAAGAAAAAAGAGUAUUAUAAUAUUAGAAAUACAGAGCUACCUGCCAUAAGGAUAACUAAAAGGACUGAAAAGGCUCUCAUUGGGGUGGGAGACCAGGAUGGGGUAGGAAAGUCAGAAAAGUGACUACUUUUUUGUUUUGUUUUUAAUUUUUACUUGUUUUCAGUCUCUGAACACUUCAGAUUUUCAACUCUGGGCAUAAAUGACUAAUAAAAAUAACUAUUAAAACUAUGUUGAUACUACGUUAAUUAAUAUUCCACAAACUAUGUAAUUCACACCUAUGCAAAUAUUUAAAAGAAAGCAAAGUACUGGCUUUUUCCUUAGUUUCUGUGAUCUCCAAAUCUAGUUUAUACUCCAUAAAUAUCUAUUCUGUUUUACAUCUUCACGUGAAGAUUAUUACGUAGAAGCACAUUGGGCUACAGGAUGCCAUAAAAGUGUGUAUAAGCUGAGUUUAUUGCAUUUGUAUUUAACGUAGUAUACAAUUAAAAUUUAUUGCAUUAAAGCUCAAGCAAAUGUUUUUUCAUGUUUAGACAUCACUCUGUUAGAAAGUUCAAUUCAUUAAGCUCUACAUUUCAAUAUAAACACUUUGUAAAGUGUCAAAACUUAUUGUAUGUAUUGUGUUUAAAUAUUUAUAUUUGGCCCUAUUCAGCCUUGUCUUGUAAAUCACAAAAGAGCAGAGUUUUAAUACUUGUUUUUCAUUUAUUGUUUGUCUGUUAAAAAUUGUGAAUUAUUUUUUGAUUGCUAACAUUUUUUUCCUUUGGAAUUUCUGGCAUAACACGUGAUUUCCAUAAAUAUAUGAAAUUACUCUUGAGAAUACUUAAGGCAAAUACAUCCUGCUUAUAACUCUGGUACAUUAAAAUGCUAUAGCAUUUUAACUGUGCAUAUUUUCUGCUGAUUAUUCUCUUAGUUCUUAGUUUAAAAAAUAAAUAAAACUGAUUAAAUGUUCACUUAAAUGGAUUUAAAAUAGGUUUGUCCAUUUCUGUGACUGGAAAAGAAUACUAUAAUAAUAGAAAAUUAGUAAUUGUGUUUAAUUGAAUGUUUCAGGUAACUCAGUUAUUUUAUUUUCAUAGUGAAUCUUUCUCAUUAAGGAUGCUCCUGCUGGGAUUUACAAGGGACUGCCUCAGAACCGUUACUGAUUCUUCCUUCUGAUCACUCGAUUUUAAUGCCACACAUGGAGUUUCAUCAACAUAUAGUGCUAAACCUUUUCUGGUGACUUAGAAUAAACCAAGAGGGACAAAUUAAAUCCUUUUCGAAAUUUGAGGUCACCAAGUAAUGCUACUGGUCAUAGAGAAAUAGUAGGUAUUUUGAAAACGAAAUUUGGUUAGAUAUGAGUAGUAAUAAACAUUUUUGUAGCUUUUA